GCAAAUGGCCACGCGCAGGCGGCGUUUUUAAGCAGCUUGUCAGUCCAUUACAAAAGUUGCCUGUUUAAAUAAACGCCAGCAAUGCACGAAUAACUGUUAAUACACAAGACUUUUUUUUUUUGUUGCAUUGCUGUAAUAGGCAUUUUAAUGCAUAAGAAGAUUUGAUGCUUUGGAAGAGGAUUAGCAAGUUAAGGACGGUACUCGGUGUACUCAACCGGAAAGUGCCGAGUUAUGGAAGAUUCAAGCCACGACACUUUUGCAGUGUCCCACCAGUCGGUCAGGGUCACACCAUUUUUGCCCUGUCAUCAGGCCGUGGAAAAUGUGGUGUUGCUGUCAUCCGUGUCAGCGGCCCAGCUUCUGCAUUUUGCCUAUGUCAGCUGACUAGAAUGAAGCAGGGACUUCCACCUCCUAGAACUGCUGUGCUGCAUAGCAUUUCGGACCCCAACUCUGGGGAGCUCCUGGACCGAGGGCUGCUGUUAUGGUUUCCAGGUCCACAGAGCUUCACAGGAGAGGACUGUGCUGAAUUCCAUGUUCAUGGAGGUCCAGCGGUAAUAAGUGCCAUCCUGCAAGCCUUAGGAAGCUUGCCUGGCCUUCGACCUGCAGAAGCCGGAGAGUUUACUCGACGGGCAUUUCAAGCUGGAAAGUUGGAUCUGACUGAAGUAGAAGGACUUGGGGAUCUGAUUCAUGCAGAGACAGAGGCCCAGAGAAGGCAAGCUCUCAGACAAAUGGCAGGAGACCUGGGACACCUUUACCAGACUUGGAGCCAUACACUUACUCGGGCCCUGGCUCAUUUAGAAGCUUUCAUUGACUUCAGUGAAGAGGAGAAUAUUGAAGAUGGUGUUUUAAACCAAGUUGACAACUUCGUUAGGCAACUCCAGAUGGAGAUCCACUCUCAUUUACACGAUAACCGUCGAGGUGAACGUCUGCGCAGUGGAGUGCAUGUUGUUAUUGCAGGAGAGGCCAAUGCUGGCAAAAGCAGUCUUCUGAAUGCCAUAUGUCAGAGACCAGCAGCCAUUGUUUCUCCCAUUGCUGGUACAACAAGAGAUGUUGUGGAGACAGCAUUAGACAUUGGGGGAUUCCCUGUCCUUUUGAGUGAUACGGCGGGCCUGAGAGAUACCCACGAUAUUAUAGAGAAAGAGGGAGUGAGGCGUACACGAGAGAGGCUGGAGCAAGCAGACCUGACAGUGGCAUUAUUAGAUGUAGUGGGGCUGCUUGAGGCCUCCAACAAGUUAACCCACCUUUUAUUCAGUUUCCUGGAGGACUUGAAUGUCCGCCAGAAGCAGCAGUGCAUUCUAGUCCUAAACAAAAUUGACUUGCUGCACAAAAAGGAAUUGAAUGAUCUGCAUUGUGCUUUGAAAAAGGAAGAAGAUCUGCCCACUGUGUGCUGGCUGUCUUGCAAAACAGGCAGCGGCAUCGAGGAGUUUCUUAGAGUUCUUCGAGCAGAGCUGGAGAUAUUGUGUGGAAACCCACUGUUAGGAAUGCCCAGCCUGACACAGGCUCGACAUCGCUCUCACUUGCACAAGUGUCUGGAAGCGCUGGGUCUUUAUGAAUAUUAUAAGAGGGCUGACAUGGCCUUGGCAGCAGAGGGGCUUCGUUCUGCUCUUGCCAGCCUUGGAAGAAUCACUGGGAAAGUGGGCGCUGAGGAGAUUUUGAAUCUGAUAUUCAGAGAUUUCUGUAUUGGUAAAUAAAGGGUCACAGGAUGCCAAAAUCUAUGCCAACAAUUGAGGCUAAGGCUGGAUGGGGUGCCAGUCAUUUACAAGACAAAAGUAUGAACAUGAGUUUAAUAAGUCUGCUGACAUAUAUAUCUUUAGGACAAAGUAGGAAAUCAGAAUACCAGGAGGAAGGCCAUCAAGGAGAAUUUGUAGAAUGUACUGGGAUAAUAGAUGUAUUGGAAGAACAUUUUUAUACUUCAUAUUGACCAAAUUAAACUCUGUAUAAUAAAAUUGUGCCUGGGGAGCUUUUUAGCUGAGAGCACACAAAGUGUAUGUUGGUUUCACCUUAUUUAAGGAUAUGAACGUGAGUUGGAGCAGACUGAAAAUGAGAGGAAUGUACUGAAGCAAUAUUGUCCUCUUUUUUUUUUUUUUGCUCCUUGAGUCACUUUUUUGGAAAUGCAGAGAAAACAUCAAAGAGAAAUGCUUUGUUUUGCCAAUUAUACCCUUUAGGAUUAGUUUCAUUCCUUAAAGUCUUUAUAAUAUCAGUGAACUCACUUGUGACGCAUGCAAAGACAUAUACCCUCUUGCCCCCUCAAACCUCCAGCUCUGUACUUGUAUUGGUAAACCAUGGCCCUGCUUGGUGGCGUGAAGAACAGGGCACUAUGCCUAAGUGCUGACCUUUUCUGCCAACAAAGUGUGACGCACAGUCCGACUGCACUGGGAAGGAGGUGCAGUUAAAGCACAGGAUUUCCUGAUCUCAUUCACAGCAAAGACAGGGGCAGCUGCUUCUUCGUCUGCCACACAUCCAUCACAACCCAAGUGCUGCUAUUGUCUUGCAGAAUAGUUGUCUUCUGACACACAGGAAGGCUUAUAAUGAGCUCUUCGUCAGUCACUGCCUUCUGGGAACUCUUGAGCAUACAAUCAGCACUUAACCACGCUCCAGCCGGAUCUACCUCUCCUGACCUUUGAGCUGCCUCCAGAAAAGAGUGCUGCUAUGAACCAGUGCCUGCUUGACCUGUCUGAAGAGCAGAUGAAAUCAGAGACAAUGGAAGGUUAAAAAAAAAAGCAUUCCUGUUUUGGAACAUGUACAGAAGUAACUUUCCAUCAUCAGUAAGCUGUUGUGCUUUUUUUAAUAUGGUAUUAUUUAGACUUAUUCGUAAAAUGAUCAUUUUCCCAUAUGUUGUUUGCCCCUCUACUAUAGUGUAAAGUGAUAACUGGUAAAGACACCAUAAAUUUAAUGAUUGCUUGUGUAGGGGAAAAAAAUCAACCACUAAGGAAUCUCUGCAAACCUUAUGGAAGGAGACUUGUUUUUGUGCAUCCUUAUUGUAAAUUUUCUAUGGCUUAUCGUUGCAGAAGCUGGUCCAGGUAAGUAAUGCUAAUAAAAUCAAGUGUAAUCAGUAGUGGGUGCAACAUGAGCCCCAAACUUCAGACCAACUCCAGACCAGUCACUUUAUUCGCAGGUCCAGUUGCACGUGUUGUUUAGUUAGUCAGGUGACUGGCACUGAGGUGUCUGGUAGAGUGGAGCCACUGAGGUUCACUCUGAUGGAGUCAUUUAAAUGUUCGUCUGU